GCUGUACAAAGACACGCGCGGCCGUGUUUCUUUGCUCGCGAGCAGGAGCGGCGAGUCGCAUUUGGGUUGUCCACCAGUCGGGCAGCAUGAACGACCAGCCAAACUACUACCUCCAUGGAGCGCCGGCCGAUGGCAGGAUAGGCCGCGCCACGAUGCCCCAGAUCCAGCCGGCGGCGCGGAGGGUCCAGCCCAACAAUGCGCUCUUCCGCGCGACCUUGCCGCGGCCGCUCACGUGGCAGCAACCGACGGACCUGCCUGGCCGCGUGCCCGUCAUGGACAAGAUUGCAUCGCUCCUCGCCGCAACGAAUGGCGCUGGCAUCGUCGCGCCGGGUACGCCGCAGGGCGAGAACGCAGUCUGGAUCCUCGCGCGCAAGCUCGAGACGUACCUGUACAUCCAGUCGGCCACGUUCCUCGAGUACGCCAACUUGCAGAGCUUACCGCGGCGCGUCCAGGCGCUCACGACUGCGAUUGUCAACCGCGGUAUCCGCAAGCGUGGCCGCUCCGAGAGCCGCGAGGCCGAACUCGAGGAGUCGAAACCGAUGCGGCCGUUCACGGCGACGUUUGUACCGCCGUCGACCCAUCACCAGAUGGCUUCGAGCUGCCUCCUCUUUGACGGCCAUGAAGACAUCAACAAGAUCAUUUGGCGCUUUGUGGGCGGGAAGGACACGCUGCGCUGCCGCGGUGUGUGCCGAAGCGCCGCGGUCCAAGCGCCCAAGUACGUCUACAGCCUCCACUUGAGCUGCAACGCGAGUCGCCUCGCGCUUCUAUACGGCCGGCACGUACUUGAAAAGUGCACAGCUCUCGAAGAACUCGAGAUUUACUCGCUCGCGGCCGGCGUAACCUUUGGCCGCCGGUCCAUGUUUGCUAAAAACUGCCCGCAGCGCUUUGUUGUGACGCACGACGACCACGAGCAGAUCGUGUCGCUGCUCGCAACGCUCCUCUCGACGCGGCAGUUUGCGUCGCUGUCCCGCCUCUCGCUUGUGUGUCUCUUUACAAACGAACAAGCCAACGGCGAGGCCGACGUGCUCCUCAACUGCCUCACCACCGGCGUCCUCCCGCGUCUCAAGGAGCUCUGCUUGCCCGGCAACAGCUUUGGCGACUAUGGCGUCUUCAAGCUCGCCGAGCUGCUCACCUCCCGCGUGUGUCCAAACCUCACGCACCUGGAUCUCCGGCGCAACUUUAUCGGCGAGCGCGGCGUGCACCAGCUCUGCGCCGCGAUCGAGACAGGGUGCGCCGGCCGGCUCAUGGAGCUGUGCCUCGGCGGCAACACGCUCACCGACUCGAGCAUUGUGCAUCUGCUGCGGGCGAUUGAGAGCCGAAAGAUGCGCGAACUGCGCUUCCUCGGCCUCGAAAUGAACUACCUCACGGGCCACGGCAUCCAGCUCCUCGGCACGUCGAUCGGCCGCCUCGGGUGCCCGCACUUGAACCAAAUCUCGUACGGCGAGAACGCUGUCGACGACGCCGAGGCUAAGAAGAUUCUGGCGAAAGCCAUCAUGGCCGAGCGCCUGCGACAGCGCCAAGAGGCCCGCGCCCAGGCACCGACGACGACCAAUCAGCAAAGGGUGUACGCGCUAUAACGACGCCCUUUCUUUAUCUAUCGCCUCUCGGUCCAUACAUUUCAAUAGAGUGCUCUUCAUCGGUGGCCGUGAGGACUGUGUUGUAUGUCGUCGACUCAACUCAAUGGUUUUGAGAUUGACUCGCGCGGGCAUGAUCAUCGUGAGCAUAAGGUUGCGAGCGACAGGCAUCGCAAAAUGGUGCGCCGGAAAAGCCAUGACCUGCACUAGAAGUAUAGCGGGCUCACGGCAGCUGCUCUCCCUGCCAUGGCUGGCUCACUGCUACCGACUGCAGUACAUACUAACUAUGAGACACGUCGUUUAGAUUC